GACCUCCGACUUGACCCCUGGUUAUAGUGCCUACCAAAACACCAAUGACAACACGUACUCCGAGAAACAUGGUAGCCGCCCUACUAUCAGAAGAAUACACUUCUUGAACCAACAAGCAGACUAGACACGUAAAGGACGAUUCAACAUUAGAAAAGUGUUUUAUUUGACGAUAUAGUGCUAUGAUAUGGAUCCUCCACAAGAAUAUAUGGGUUAUCAACAAGGAUAUUAUACUCAAUCCCACCAGCCAAGAACAAGAGGAGAAAAAGGUCAUCGACAACUACAGAAGCAAUGUACUUCACAGUCACCUGGUUCCACACAAUUGUUCGAUGAUAUGAGUGGAUACAAUAAUGAACCAAACAUGAUGCAGCAGCCGAAUUCAACACAUGAGCAACAUGAAGCUUUCCCAGGACAACAAUUUUUGCAAGAUCCUAUGGCCAACAUGGCAGUUCAAUAUGGUUCAAAAUUUGUGCCAGCUGGUAAAGAGUUUGUUGAGAAGAAGAUUGAAAGUUUUUUAUCAAUUUCAAAGCUCAAAUAUUAUUUUGCUGUUGAUACAACGUAUGUUUUGAAGAAACUCGGAUUAUUGAUAUUUCCAUUUGUACAUCAGGAUUGGUCACUAAAAUAUGAUAAAUCUGAGCCUGUUGCACCAAGAUAUGAAAUCAACGCUCCCGACUUAUAUAUACCAACUAUGGCUUUUACAACAUAUGUGCUUGUGUGUAGUUAUAUUCUUGGUGUGCAAAACAGGUUUACCCCAGAACAAUUGGGCAUAACAGCGAGUUCUGUCUUGGCAUGGCUUUUUAUAGAACUAUUGAUGAUUAUAAUAACAAUGUAUAUAAUUGGUAUUGCGUCUCAUGUUAGAUAUCUAGAUUUGUUAGCACUCUGUGGUUAUAAAUAUGUUGGUAUGAUUUUGUCAGCGUUGGGUUGGUUAGUAUUUCAAUCGCUUGGAUAUUACAUCGUACUUUGUUGGACGAGUAUCACAAUUUCUUUUUUCUUGGCACGUACUUUACGUCUGGUCAUUAAUCCUGAUGUUCAACAAGAAGGAGUGGUGCGAUCCGGUAACAAACGAAGAUUGUACAUUCUUCUUUUCAUCUCAUUCAUCCAGCCUGCAUUUAUGUACUUUCUUACGAGACAUUUAAGCAGUUACCCACUCGCUAUUAAAACGUGAAACAAUAUGACAUGAAAAUGGUUAUGUACAGGGGUGAUCUAAUUCAGAAGCAAAGGGAAUUUCAAAUUGGAAGAGCGAUAUUAGCCAAUACCAUUAGGUUACUGACAAAAGGAUUGAUUUAUGUUCGGCGCUGUCGCGUGGUGCUUUUUUUCGUAAAUACUUAUUUCUUCUUUUCGUAAAGAAGAAAUACGUAUUUACAUAUACACUUAUUUACAUAUAUGUUUUAAUUUUGAAUUAGGUCGAAUGUGUUUGUAGAAAAUGAUAUGUCUCCAUAAAAUAAAAGUUUUGAUGAUUAUAA